AUGUCUGCGGGUUUAGUCUUAUCACAACUCGAGGGGUUGGUAUCCAGGGCGGAAUCGCUGUCGUCGAAACUCACGAACAAGAAGAUCCGACCAACAAACGGUCAGCAGGAUGAGUUCCAGAAACUAAGCAAGAGAAUGGAUUCUGCCUGGGCGACUGUCAGUGCAAUACUCUCAAAAUUCAAGCAUCGAAGUGAUAAGGAUAUCAAUCUAGCAAAUGCUGUUCGAGCUACGCAAGAAUAUCAAACAAUCACGUCCCCUAUCUUCAUGAUCCUGCGGAGGAACCUUGAGCUCAUUUUCGUCGGCCCCAGAGGCUCCGCUUUGGACUCAGCCCAAGUCAAAACAAGAAAAAAAAAAGCUCGCACAAGGUGUGAGCUGCUCCGUUCCCAGCAUCCUCAUGUUAUUCUAAUGUGGGCCAUGGCCAUCCCACCGUCAAGUUGGAAUUCUUCCGUGGGGAUGUCAGAUAACACGUUCGAUUUUGUGAUCGACGACACGAGCACGGAGAGAAUACCGCUGCUAUCUACGGAAAUAGUCCAAAAACUGCAAUCGCUGGAAGAAGAGAAAUCUCUCAAUACGUGCGAUCAGUUUCGAGAAUUUAUGUCCAGCUUAAAAUCUACGCUCAUCGACCAGAGAGAAAAUGCCAACGCUCUUAAAAGAUCACAUGGGGUGAUGGAGUUAGGCACUGAAAAUAAGAUAACGACUGCGCAAGAUCAGCUUCCAAGCCUGCGACAAAUGGGGUUUACUGCACCAGUCUACAACCCUAAAGCAAAGUACAUUUAUUCAAACGCACCAGCCAGUAACAUCGAAAAAUUACCCGAGCCCUUUAGAACAGCGGUCCGGAAUAGCAAGCUCUGGGAGGCAGAAAGGCGUCAGGGUCUAGAGACAACGGGAUGCUUAGCUACUCUGCUCCCAAAGGAUGACACUCAGGACGUCUCCCUCACGAUCUGGUGUGCCAAUGAGGACGGAUAUCGUCUCCACCGCAUGUAUGGAAUGGAAGUCGCAAUGUCAUUCUAG